GUGCGGGGUUAGUGCGCAUUCAGCUGCUGCUAGAGCCGUGUGGAGGAGACUAGUCCCAGAGUCCCAGAGUCCCAGAGUCCCAGAGUCCACCAUGCAGAGAGCUGUCGUGCUGAUCCUUACAGCCUGCUGUUUCACAGCUGUGGCAUUGGCCAAAGAUAUGACCAAACCUCCUGCAACUGUGGUCCCCGCAGUAGCAUUUGUCACAUCCAACACCACAACCAAAGCCCCGCCCACCACCACAACCAAAGCCCCGCCCACCAACACCACCACAACCAAAGCCCCGCCCACCAACACCACCACAACCAAAGCCCCGCCCACCACCACAACCAAAGCCCCUCCCACCAACACAACCACAACCAAAGCCCCGCCCACCAACACCACCACAACCAAACCCCCGCCCACCAACACCACCACAACACCACUCCCCCCUACCAACACCACCACAACCAAACCCCCACCCACCAACACCACCACAACCAAGGCCCCGACCACUACCACACCUCCCUCAACGACACCAUCCACCAGCGUGACUCGGGGAAACUACAGCUUGACGACAGCGAAAGGAGAGACGUGCCUGUUGGCUUUCACGGUGCUGCAGAUCCGACUGGCCACAGCAAAGGCCAAUGGAACGUUCAAUGUUCAGCCCGAGAAGACGAAGGUGCAGGGUGGAUGUAAGGAAACCACUGCCAAUCUCACCCUUGUCUUUAAUGAGGGCUUCAUAACCUUCCUCUUCAACAAGAGUGUUGGUGACGGCACCGUCUACGUUGAUGCCGUGUCGUUCAAACUGUCCUACCCCUUCAUGAGAGGAGGUGAUUCAGAUUUCAGCGGCUCCAACUCGUCCCUGCGUCUGUUCUCGGCCAAGGUGGGACACUCGUACUCCUGCAGGAACGAGUCCGUAGAUCUGGGGAAGGGACUGUCCCUGGAUCUGUCCCAGGACCAGAUGCAGGCCUUCAAUCUCACCACCAACAAGUUCGGCUCUGCUGAGCCGUGUCCCGCCGACCGGCCCGACUACAGCGUGGCCAUCGGGGUGGGCGUGACGCUGCUGGUGCUCAUCGUGGUGGUGGUGGUGGCCUACCUGCUGGGCCGCAGGAAGAGGGCCGACGGCUACCAGUCCCUGUGAAGGGGCUAGUGGUGGUGGCCUACCUGCUGGGCCGCAGGAAGAGGGCCGACGGCUACCAGUCCCUGUGAAGGGGCUAGUGGUGGUGGCCUACCUGCUGGGCCGCAGGAAGAGGACCGACGGCUACCAGUCCCUGUGAAGCGGCCGGCUAUAGAGACGUUAUCUACUCCACCGGUGGGGGCUCCAAUCCUCUGGGGGCGGAAGGGAAAUUUUAAUUUAAGUGUAAUCCUGAUAUUUUUCUCACUGCACAUGUUGUAUUUCGCCUUAUUCACUCGCAUCAAUGAUGUUUUAUCCUAUUUGGGAGAAAAAAUGUCACAAGAAAAAAGAAUAAUCCCAAACUCAAUACUCCAUAAUAGAUUUAAAAAGAACAUUUGAAUGGACAGUUUUUCCACUUCAUAUUAAUAUCCAAUAAUCGUACACAAAAAAUUGAAUCCCAAAGUUGGACUAUUUUCUAUGGAAGAGUAUUAGGGCCAUGCAAGGGAAAAAAUAUUUGAGAGGGGAAGAUUUUUUUUUAUUGUGCACUUCAAGAGAAAAGUUGAAAUGUUGAGAAAAAGUCGAAAUGUCGAGAUUAAUGUUUAAAUACAAUUUCAAGAAUAAAGUUGAAAUUUCGUGAAUAAAGUCGAAAUUUCGCCUCAACAUUUCGACUUUUUUCUCGAAAUUGUGACUUUUUCCUUGAAAGUGUACUUCAACAUUAAUCUCAACAUUUCGACUUUUUUCUCGAAGUGCAUAAUGAAAAAAAAAUCUUCCUCCUCUAAAAUAUUAUUUUUAUUUUUCUCCUGCCUGGCCCUGAUUCUCUUCUGUAAUUUUCAGAGAGGAAAAUCUGAUGAGACGGAUUUUUUUACUUUGUUCUUUAUUUUUUUGGGACACUAAUAUUAGUCACUGACAUCGUCAUCAAUAAGAACUGACCGGACCGUCUCAGUCAUUGGUUCAUUUUAUCAUCUACACUUUUUUAUUUCAUGUUGCCAUAGUUGGGUUGAUUUUAAAAUAGAUUUUAAAUGUUGGCUCUUUAUUUCACUUUACCCCCAAAUUGUGUUCCCACUGGAUUGAGAACUAGAGGUCAAGGUGAAUCAACAAAUGCAUGAUGGAACUUUUUGGUUUGUUUUUGUAAUUUAGUUUGUUUUAUGAUUAUAUUUGAUGUUGCUUUUUUUAAUAAUCAGAUUUGUUUAGUUUAAAUUCUAUUUUUAUAGAAAAAAUACUGAUUUAAAGGGUGUGUUUGAAUCACCUCUAAGAGAAAUUUGGUACAUAUUAUUGAGAUUACUGUCCCGUAUUACUGUAUAUUGUUUUUCUUUCUCAAUUGUGAUACUGUAAAACUGGGUAAUAAAAAAAAUAUAUUCUGCCUUUCUUUUUUUUUUUAUCAGAUUUUAGUCUUAUAAACUGCGAAGGCUCUUGCACUAUUGAAGAUAACUUGAAUAUAUUGACUAAAACCAUGAACUCAUGUUGUAGAAGUAGUUGAUUAAUUAUCAAGCAGUCACAGCGGCUUAAAAAUCUGUGAAAUGUUUUUUUGUUGGUUUUUUUAAGGGAAAAAGGCGAAUACAGAGCACAAGAAUGAGUUAUUUGAGCGUAUUGAGCUGGCGUAGGAAGCUUUUGCCCAGCAGGUGGAACUGUGAGCUGGAGAACCAUCAGGAAACAGAAACCUUUCCCUGGUACAUUUAUUCACGCUAUGUGAGCACUUUUGCCUGCUGCUAGCUUUCUUUGCCAAUAAAGACUUAUAUUUCUAAA